AUGGACAAUCGACCAAGGGGCUUUAUGCGUGCAGAUGAAAUAUUCUCGGAAAACGGCGGCCCUAUCCCGCUGCCCCCGAGGUUCGCGCAAAUCAAGCGAAGCCUUGUCGCCGGCAAAGAGACGGCCGUAGUGGACUCUUGGAACCGGCUCUUAGUCGCCCUCCGUGCCGAGAUCGCGCUGAUCGGCGUUACCAAGUCUGACAUCAUCCCCACCAUCGACUUUUCGGAACUCAAGGACCAUGCCCGUGUGUCCGAGUUCGCUGCCAAGCUUCGUCGCCGAGGAGGCGCCGUAAUACGAAGUGUUAUACCGGCCGCAGACGCUCAUGUCUGGCGAGAAGAGACUGAAAGGUAUCUUUCCGAUAACCCUGAAACACGAGGUUGGCCAACUCGUGAUCCACAUCUCUUCGGCAUCUACUGGUCACCGGCUCAGAUCAAGGGUCGCGCUCAUCCGAAUGUCCUGGCUGCACAACGUUUCUUGAUGGGUCUUUGGCGCUCGAGGAAUACGAACGCUUCGGUGGCUGUGGAUCUACCCGUGGCAUAUGCGGACCGUCUGCGUAUCCGCGCACCGGGGGACGAACAUUGGCAUUUGAACGCCCAUGUGGACGGGGGUAGUGUGGAGCGCUGGGAGAGCGAUGGGUAUGGGAAUGCCGGCACGUAUCAGCGCAUAUGGGAGGGGAGGUGGGAGGACUACGAUCCAUGGGAAAGCAGCACACGGCUAAAAGUCACUUCGGACCUCUACAACGGCGCAGGGUCAUGCAGUAUGUUCCGCAUGUUCCAAGGCUGGCUCUCCAUGUCCGAUAUCGACCCCGCCGACGGCACUCUCUUACUCUGCCCGAUGCUCCAGCUCGCCACGGCCUACUUCCUGCUUCGGCCAUUCUUCUCACCACACAACCCGUCUCCCGAAUCCCCAAACUUUCUCGCCCGCGAGAACUGGUCCCUCGACUUCAUGCAGACAAGCAUCAUUCAGGGUGCCGUGCCGUCGUACACGCAGGAACUGAACGCGACCCUGCACCCUCACCUCCAAUUCGACAAAUCCCUCGUGCGCAUCCCGCCCGUCCGCCCCGGCGACUACGUCGUCUGGCAUCCGGACAUGGUCUACGGCGUCGACAAGGUGCCCUCGACGGCCUUGCCCGCGACCAUCAUGUACAUACCCGCCUGUCCGCUGACACAGACCAACGCUCUGUAUCUCGCCCGCCAGAGGAAAGCUUUUCUCCUCGGGCAGCCGAGCCCGGAUUUCGGUGGCGGCCGGGGCGAGACGACGCACAUGGGCCGGCCUGGGGUGCAGGAGGUCAGCGAUGCCGGCGGGGAGGACGGGCUGAGGGCGAUGGGGUUGCUGCCGUGGGAAGAUCGGGAGGGGAGGAGUCCGACGGAGGAGGCUCUCGUGAAGAUGGCCAAUGCCAUCCUGUUUCCCGAACAAUAUGACAUGGUCUGA